CUCGGUUCUAUGCGAUCAACCUCUGCCACCAGGCCCCUACUAUGACACGUCUAUUUCGCCUGAAUAGAUAGCAAAGAUGCGCUUCAUUAAGCCGUCCUGGCUAACUCAUGGAGGAGAGAAGAAGGACUUCGAAGUCUACAGCUGUCAUGUUUCGCCCGAUGGAAGUAGACUUGUCACUGCUGCUGGAGACGGAUACGUUCGAGUUUGGUCGACUGAAGCAAUAUACAAUGCUGGAAAUCCCGAAUACACCAAACCAAAGCAAUUAGCGUCCAUGAGCUACCAUUCCGGCACUAUCCAUACCGUGCGCUUCUCUCCGAACGGGAAAUACCUGGCUUCUGGUGCCGACGACAAAAUUGUCUGCGUCUACACGCUUGAUCCAAACGCUCCGUCUCACGCUUCGACAUUUGGCACCAAUGAGGCGCCUCCGGUGGAAAGCUGGCGAAUCUUUCGACGCCUAAUCGGCCACGACAACGACGUACAGGAUCUUGGUUGGUCCUACGAUUCCUCAAUACUUGUGUCUGUUGGCCUUGAUUCCAAAGUGGUCGUGUGGUCAGGACACACGUUCGAAAAGCUAAAGACCCUCUCGCAUCACCAAAGUCACGUCAAGGGUUUAACAUUUGACCCAGCGAACAAAUACUUUGCAACUGCCAGUGAUGAUCGGACAAUCAAGGUCUUUCGCUUCACACCUCCGGCUCCAAACUCUACGGCGCAAGAUCAAAUGAACAACUUUCAUAUUGAAUUCACUAUUAUAGCACCUUUUGCCUCGUCACCUCUAACGACAUAUUUCCGAAGAUGCUCAUGGUCCCCCGACGGAAACCACAUUGCCGCCGCGAAUGCUGUGAACGGCCCCGUGAGCUCCGUGGCUAUUGUAAACCGCGGCAGCUGGGACAGCGAGAUCAAUUUAAUUGGACACGAAGGACCGGUGGAAGUGUGCGCCUUUUCGCCACGGCUGUUCUGCAAGGAGCCCCCUAGUCAGGUCAACCAGGAUGGAAAAGGCUUCAGCACCCAACAUCUCGUGACGGUCAUCGCUUGUGCUGGUCAAGAUAAAGCUCUCAGCAUCUGGAAUACUAGUCAUCCAAGGCCCCUCGUCAUUACGCAGGACCUAGCAGUCAAGUCUAUAUCCGAUCUAGCAUGGAGCCCAGACGGUCGACACCUGUUUGCCACUAGCUUGGAUGGCAGUGUUAUCUCCGUCGUCUUUGAAGAGGGCGAACUGGGCUAUGUUGUCGGAUUAGAAGAGAAUGAGAAGGCGCUUGCAAAAUUCGGUGCUGGCCGACGCGGUGCAGGAGUCGUCGAGGGAACUGAUGGCCUCUUACUUGAAGAGCGAAGCAAAGCCGGAGAACUAAAGGGCGUGCAGGGAAGGAUGGGCGAGUUGAUGGGAGACAGCCGAGAUGUAGCAGCGCAAAAGUCUAAGAAGGGUGGUCCCGAUGCAUCUACGAGCACUCCUGAUCCAGCCACAGUCCAAGAUGGUUCAGCGAAUCAAUCAGGGCAACAGGCAGCAGAUGGUACGCCUGCUGGUGGCCAGACGCCGCAACCCGACCAGCAUACUGCCAAGUUGGAAAGACUCAAGCAAAGAGUGACCAUCACCAAAGAUGGAAAGAAGCGCAUUGCGCCUUUGCUUGUUUCCUCAUCUGGUGGUGCUGAAUCCUCCAUGCCUCGGCCUCAAUUGAUGGCUGCUACGGCCAGCGCCCAAGCAAAGGCCGACGCACCACAAUCCAUUGUGGAUCUGUCCAAGCCAUUUGACGGAUUACCAAAGGGCGGCCUCGCAGCGCUAUUGCUUGGAAACAAGCGCAAAGCGGCUCAUAUUGAAGGAGAUGAAGACGGCCAUGUCGAGAAGCGGCUAGCAGCUGCAAGCCGUGGAGGCGCGGUCCCCAUUCUCGUCAAUGGUGUAGAUGGACUUGAGCCUGCAACGCCAGCGCCUGGGGCAGGAGGCGUCCAGCCGACUCCUGAAUUUAUCCGACCAGCGGUUGUCAAUCCGAGCUUGGCUAUAAGUCAAGUGCGGCUGGCUGUGCCCAAAGUCCGUACUCAUAUUGUACGAAGCCUUGAUUCUAGUGGCAGGCCAACACAGAGCAAUGCCCAGCCAAACGGCACCAACCCAAGUACGAAUCAAGCUUCCGGAAACACCUCAGGCGAUUUGGUGUUCGAAGCGCGCAACCCCUCAAGCCCCGCUGCUACUGCCCGAUUGCACGACCGCGACCCGGCCAAGUUGACAGUUACAAGGAAAGGCCAGACAAUAUGGCAAGAUUUCCUGCCCCGGCCUGUCCUUUUGACCUCUGGAAACCGGAGUUUCUGGACUGCGGCGUGCGAGGACGGCAGUGUAUAUGUAUGGACCCCGGCAGGCCGACGUCUGCUCAACGCUCUAGUCCUGGAAGCUCAGCCCGUUAUUCUAGAGGUUCGAGGAUCCUGGGUUCUGUGUAUCACGGCCGUGGGCAUGUGUCAUGUCUGGAAUGUCAAGACGCUCUCCUCGCCACAUCCGCCCCUCUCCCUCGCUCCUGUUCUCGAUAUUGCGAUUCACAACCUGCAAACACAUCCUACAGUUGCACCGGCCGUGACUUCUGCGCGAUUAAACUCGAAAGGGUACAUCAUUGUGACCCUCUCAAAUGGCGACGGCUAUGUCUACUCUCCCUCAAUGUAUGUCUGGCAACGUCUCUCUGAAGCCUGGUGGGCCGUAGGCAGUCAGUACUGGAAUACCACGGAUGCUACUGUUGGCAAUCUUCGGUCGGCUGCCGACUCUGCGAAUGCUCCGGGUUCACUUGAGGACGACAUUGGCCCAAACAAUCUGUCGGCAGGCAUUAUUCCGCAUGUAGAGCGCAAUACUACAAACGAAGUGCUUCUUCGUGGCAGAGCCUACUUCCUGCAACGUCUUAUCAAAUCGCUUCUUUCACGCGAAGGAUACGAAGGUUUCGAGUCUAGCGUAUCCAUUGCUCAUCUGGAAAAUCGUUUAUCAGCUGCCUUGCACCUCGAAGCAAAGGAGGAGUUCCGUACGUACCUUGACAUGUAUGCGAAGCGGCUUGGCGCCGAGGGACUGCGCACAAAGGUUGAGGAGCUCUUGAGCGGUCUCCUCGGCGGUGUCUUCCGAGAUGGUGUCAAUGGAGAGGACGUGUCGAAGAAGCGCUCCAAGGAGACAGGUCAUGGAUGGUACACUGAGGAUGACGAGCUAUGCGGAUGGAACAGGGAAGACUUGCUUCGUAGCGUCCUCUUAAUCUUGGGCAAACAUCGCGACCUUCAGCGUGUCACAGUUCCAUACGCAAAACUGCUUGGAGUCAUGGACCUCGAGUCCACAUCGGCGACCGAGGAUACGCAAAUGACUUGAUCAGGCGGAUAUUGUUGUAGUCUCAACUUCAUUUUAUUUUUAUUUUGCAUCUGGAAAACGGGAAACGGUUUCAUUUCAAUGGCACUGUACAUCUUAAGGGGGUUUUUAUUUGCAAGCUUUUGCUUUUCGCAUUUGUACUAUACCAGUCUCGAUCAACAAAAGAAAGGAAUGAUUAAAUACAUAAACUUUGGACGCAGCG